UUUUGUGCGAAAAGUAGUUUUUAAUAUCAAAUUACAACUUAUGUGAAGUGAAAAACUUAUAUAUUUUCAUUACAAUCCCUUCUCAACGCUUAACGCGUUGUUUGAAUUCAGUGUUUAAAUAAUAAACAUUUUUAAUUGUGUAAACAUUUUAAAAACAAAAUUAUGUUUAUUAAAUAUUCAUUAUUAUUAGUGAUUUUAUAUUUGUCGAGCGUUUCGGUCGACUCUCAAAAUGUUCGGUCUGUCCAACAGAGCAUAUACCAAACGACAGGGAGUUAAAGGUCGUCCCCCACCGCCGCCGCCUGUCUUCGAUACACAGGUAGACAUUAGUGAUGCCGGAGCUCCGCAAAGGACUCGCCCGCCGGCACCUCGACGUCCAGUGCCGACCCCUCAAGAAGAUGAGGGACAGUUCAAUAGCGCCGAUGAGGGAGAGUCCGUUCCCGAGCCACCCAUAUAUGGAGGAGUGAUGGGAACGCCAGGCGUCGACUUUCCCGGCUAUAUGCAAAUACCCAAAACUGAUUUCACGUGCAAUGGUGUGCCGUUUGAACCGGGAAUGUACGCCGAUAUGGAGACCCAAUGCCAGGCCUAUCACAUGUGCUUCCAGGGAAGGAAAGAGAGUUUCCUGUGCGGUGUGGGAACGGUCUUCAAUCAGGCGAUUCUCGGCUGUGAUUAUUGGCAUUCAGUCGACUGCUCGCAAACGCCUAACUUCUACUCAAUUAAUGAAGAAUUAGGCAAAGCAGGCGCUGAACCCGCACCGGGAGGUCCGCCAAAGUCGGGUGUUCUGCCGGGUAUAAGACCAGCGCCGGCUCCGGCACCGGUUCCGCCUCCAAGAAAGCCUUCGUCUCCGAGUGUUCCUCGCGUUCAACCGCCGAGAAUACCGUCACAACCCGUCCAAACUCCAGGCGAUGGCGAUUACGACUACCAAACCCCUCAAGUGCCUCAACCACCGGCACGGAGACCAGCGCCCGCACCCCUACCAGUGACCCGACCCAAACUGCCCACUCCUAGUGUUACGCGACCGCAACAACCGGCGAGAAUACCGUCACAACCCGUCCAAACUCCAGAUGAUGGCGAUUAUGACUAUCAACGACCACAAAUGCCUCAACCACCGGCACGGAGACCAGCGCCCGCACCUCUACCUGUGACCCGACCCCGAGUGCCCACCCCUAGUGUUACGCGACCGCAACAACCGGCGAGAAUACCCACACAACCCGUUCAGACCAAAGAUGACGGCGACUACGAUGACUACCAGAGCCCUCAAAUUCCUCAGCAACCCAUCCCACAGCCGCCUCCGCCCCAAAAGCAACCCCCGCUACCCAAACAACCGGCCACUCGUCCGCAACCGUCUCGUUAUCAGCCGCCGACGCAAAGCAAAGUCCAGCCGUCGUUCCCAACCCGACCGGUAACGGGUCCGCGACCGCAGGUGCAACCGCCCCGUAAAACAGCGCCGCGACCCGUAACCCCACGACCGGUACAACCCAUCCAAAAACUCCCGCCGGCACCCGUCCCUCGACCUGUUCCUACGCCCCGUCCAUCGACCCAAACAAGACCGGCGCCAAUAGUGCCGCGUCCAGUAUCGCCGUCCCGACCGGUGACCAGACCUUCAGGCAAAACAUCGCCCCGACGUCCGGUCGCACCGCCACCACCGCCGCCAUCGCCGCCACGUAUUAGACCUAUUGUGCAGACCAAGGAUGAGGAACCGGAGCCUAUCCUCGAUAACGUCGACGAUAACCAACAGUCCUUUGAUUAUUAG